AUGUCUUUUAAAUAUUUUGAAGCAGAAUCACAUAUUUCAACUUACAAUAAAUUUAGACCAAUUCCACCAAAAAGCCUAAUUGAAAAAAUUAUCGAGUUCACAAAAAGGGAAAAGGUACUCGAACCUUUUGAAUUGGCCGUUGAUGUGGGUUGUGGUUCCGGACAAAGUACCGAAGUUUUAUCGCCAUUUUUUAAAAGAGUCAUUGGAAUUGAUUCAAGUGAUUUGAUUAUUGAAGAAGCGAGAAAAAAAUGUCAUUGUUUGAAUGUUUUUUACAGUUGGACAAGCACUCCAUUGGCUGGAUGUUUCAAAGUUUUACAAAGAAGUUGA